GUUGUGUUUUCAUAUAUUUUCCCUGUUCGUGUCCAUGAAACUGACUCGAUGAUGCCUCUCGCAGAAAACGUGAAACGGAACGAACAAACAACUGCGUUCGUCCGUGAGAGGAAUGUUUUGUAUUUACAUAUUUUGAAAGGGGGUUUCUCCUUUCUCAUCUCGAGCCGCGAUAUACUUUCGCCUCUUGACGUCUGCAACACGAGAACCUUGCAUGCAUUGAUUUCAUGAGAUCCACCUGAGUGAUUUUGAGAAAAAUUACAGAAUACAAGAUACGUAUCGCCAAACGGAUAACAUUGAAAUGGUUACUUGUGAAAGGAAAAACAUGUAUAACCAAUAAACGUGAGUGAAAAAGUUGUGAAUCUUAUAAAUAAAGUAUUUGCAGUUAGACUGACGACGACAUGUACGGACGUUACAGGAUUUUGUAUCUUCCUUUACAUUAUUCCACGCCUAAGAUAGAGUUUUUAGUGGUUGCUCGACCGGAUCGAUACCUACAACAUCGUAACUUUUGAUUUUGGUUGACGUGGGAGGAUAAUAUUGUUAUUAGGUUGAUGAAUAGAACAUUAGAAAAACAGAUCGAUACGAGCUUCGUUGUUGCAACUUGUACAUUCUAAUUAAGCCGUGAGUGAAAUCGACGAAGUAAAAUUAGCGAUGAAAUUUUCAUACGUUCCACUUCCACUUACUAACCGUCUAUCUCUAUGGCGUUACGCGUUUUAAUUGUGAUCUCAAACACCUGUUAGAGAACCAUAGCUGUUCCAUGAACACCGCUAUUGAACCUCUUGCCGACGUCGUUUCGAAAUUGAGCAACGGAUUCCCCACAUAAUAACGACGUUAAUUCGUGUAUAGUCAGUGAGUCAAGUCAUUGAUGCAAAUUAGUAAAUACAUACGCCAUCCUUGAAAUAGCAUACUAAAGCGAAACCGCAAAUAUGCGUAUAUUUAUUUCAUUUGUGUUCGUCGAGCAGCCUGCCAGGCAUGCGCCGAAUUUCGAUACAAAUGGAAACUUCCGACUAUUAAUAACAGCAGGUUGGUCGAAUUGCUUUCAGUGUAGGUUUCACGGAUUAAUAAAUUCGUGGCAUUAUAGUUAAUAAAAGGUCAAAGUAGCAUCAGAAAAAAUAUGAACUCCAGGGCGAAAUCAAUAGACUAAUAACCGGAGGCGUUACACAAAAUCCGAUGCAAAUAAAUUUUGCUAAUGAACUGCAUGAUAAAAUUGGAACGUAUUUAAUAAGUACACGGGAUGAGAGCCAACAUGUAGACCGAACAGAGACGCGAGAAAAUAACAAAACAUGGUGGACAAAGAAGAAAUGACGAAGACACCAUCGCCCCUGAAUAUCAACGAGGCGAUCGAAGGGGAAGUGUUGAACCAAAAGACUGCUAGGAUACUUAAGAACGAUCUUCUAUUAUACGAGGCUGUGAUAAAAAAUGAAGCGGACACCGUUCGCAAAGUGCUCAAAGAGCCCGUGGACGUCGAUUCCAGGAACAAUUACGGUCGGGCGCCAAUUCAUUGGGCAGCAUCCAGGGGGAACACGGAGAUCAUAGAGAUGUUGAUACAAGCGAAAUGCGACAUCGAGGCCAGAGACAAGUUCGGCAUGCGCCCGUUACACAUGGCUGCGCGAUAUGGACACAGGGACGCUGUUAAAAUGUUAAUCAACGCCGGAGCGAAUGUGUCAGCGGUAAACAAGAAGCAAUAUACUCUCUUAAUGUGUGCUGCUCGGGGCAACAACGUUCGCGUCGUCGACUACCUUGCUGAGGCAGUGGAAUCGUUGAACGGAGAUGCAACCGACUGUACCGGUGCGACGGCUCUUCAUCAUGCAGCCUGUGCCGGUCACCCAAGUAUGAUAACCGCGCUUACCAAUGUGCCAAGAAUCGAACUGAAUGCCGUGGAUAAAAAAGGCCAGACGCCUAUACAUUGUGCCUGCGCGGAAGAACAUCUGGAAGCCGUGGAAGUUUUAAUAGGACUGGGAGCUAAGGUGGAUGCUCAGGACAAUGAAGGCAACACGUGCCUUCACGUGGCCACGAGAACGAGGCACACGGCUAUAGCUCAAUUGCUAUUGAGAGCCGGGGCGAACACUGAAUUAACCGACGAAAUGGGCUUUACUCCGCUUCACGUGGCUGCCAGUCAGGGUUGCAAAGGGAUAUUAGAUUCAAUGAUUCACCAUGGGGCAGCACUCAACAAACAAUCCAAGCAUGGAAACACGCCUUUGCAUUUGGCCUGUCAGAACAACGAAGUAGAAACGGUCGAGAUACUGAUCAAUAAAGGCGUCGAUCUAAAUUGCUUAAAUUCGAGAUUACAAUCGCCGAUUCACAUCGCCGCAGAGAUGGGACACACGGAUAUUUGCGAACUGCUGCUAGCAGCAGGUGCGAAUAUCGAACAAAGGGAACAGAGCGGCAGGACACCGCUUUACAUCGCGGCAAGAGGCAGUUUCACGGCAAUCGUCGACAUGAUAAUUAAAACCGCGAGAUUGGACUAUCCCACACCGGAGGAUUCAACAUCCGACAAAGAAAUUCGUGAUCUAACGCCAGCUAGAAGAAGAUGGCGAGAAGGAUCGAGGGGUGGAAGCAUUACCAGUAACAAUGGCGCCUUUUCGGAGCAUAUUCGAUCGAUUUUAUGGAAGUUGGCAUACAAACAGUUAGGUCCCGAGGAUUGGAAAAAAUUGGCGUUGCAUUGGGCGUUCACAAACGAUCAGAUUCGAGCAAUCGAGCAUCAAUACACUGCUCCUCUUAUAGGUCCUUCGAGUUACAAGGAACACGGGUUCCGAAUGUUGAUGAUCUGGGCGUCGGGAUUGAAUCCUGAAAUCUCCAUAGGGAAAGAGCUUUGCGACGCUUUGUUUGCAGUAGACAAAAAGUCUGUCGCUGAAUCCGUUCGUAAGCACAUGGAUCAAGAGAAAGACGGGAAAGAGAAAAUGAACAAACAACGAUGUCAUAAAUGCUCGAUCACUUAAAGAUAAUUGAUGAUUCUGCUUGAAUGAGAAGAAAGUUACAAAGGACAGAAAUUAGGAGAAUUUGAAGGAUCUUCGGUAGAAAAUUUUAGCGAUACUCACUAUGUGGCAUAUCUGUAGAAACGCUGAUCUUACCUUUUUUACGGUAUGUUUCAAUAUAGAAACGUGUAUCAUAGUGAAAUUGUCGUUUAGCAUUCGAAGAUCAACGAAACGAAAAUAAGUUCUGCGAAUCAACGAAAGCUUUCGAUAUAUCGGGAAAUCUGAUUUGAAUCUUUCAAAUGAAAUGGAACAAAUUCAUAUCAUCGCGCAAAUGUACAAAUUUUCGAGUCUAGAUAUUUUAAUGUUGAUACUUUGUAUAUAUUUUUAGAAAAUUCGAACAAUUCAGCAGUGUUGUAACUUUCAUUUUCAUUUGUUAGUUAAAGAAAUGAUCGACGUCCGAAGCCGUCCUAUUUCAUUUUAUCUUUCGUUCAAUAUAUUCAUCCCGUUGUUCGAAAAUCCUAUUCCAAAUUUCUACUGUAAAUACGUCAGCGUAAUACGUAAAUACUUCUAGAAUAAGCGCGAAAAAACAAAAAAAUUAUACAGGGCUUUCGAUGUGAUAAAAGAAAUGCAUAGAGAGUAGAGGAAGAAAAUUAUCACGAAACUUUCAAUCAUUGUAUAAUUCGAGGAAGACAAUCUACAUAUCCGAGUAUUACGUACAAUUAAAUAAAUGCCUGAUUAAUAGUCUAUAGUAAACUAUUUUUAAACCACUAUAUCCCGCCCAAUUAUGAAACAAUACUUAACAGAAUUAUCCGUUAGAAAGGAAGAAAAUCUGAUUUAUAUUUCUCAAUAUUUCAAAUAUUGAAAACUAGAAUUUCAACAAUAACUUUAGAAUUAUAAUUGAAAUUCUAAUUUUAGAAAUAAUAACUUUAAAAAUACAAUUUCUUAAUAACCUCUUUACGAAAGAAACUGAAAUCCGUCAUUUUAUGCGAUAGUUCCAGGCAUCAAUACCUCGGUAUAAUAAAAUUCCGUGAAAAUAUACUGACAAAA